AUGAUCAGCUCCAAGCCCUUGUCAUUUGUGAUCAAUUCUUCUGCAUCAGAUGAAAAUUCGGAAGAGAAGAAUACAACAACAUCAGCAACAAGUGAAAAUGAAAUGGAAAGAAAGAGAUAUGAUAGACAAAUGAGAGCAAUUGGUAAGGAGGCCAUGACACAGAUUGGAUCGGCAAGAAUUUUGGUGAUUGGAUGUGGUGGUUUAGGUGUUGAAAUUGUCAAGAAUUUAAUGUUGAUGGGAUUCAAGUCUAUUACAGUUUUUGAUAACAAGAAGAUUGUAUCAUAUUUGGAUUUGAACAGUCAUUUCUACUUGAAUGAAGAUCAUGUUGGAUUGAAUAGACUCGAUUCUGUGAUUGAUAGCUUGUACGAAUUGAAUCCAUAUUGUAAAUUAGAAAAGUUAGAGGCCGAAACUUUGACUGAAGAUAUCAUCAAGAAAUUUAACAUUGUCAUCAGUAGUGAUGAGUUGAUUGUUUCGGAUUAUGUAAUUAAUAUUUCAGAAAUUUGUCACACCAAUGGUAUCAAGUUUAUUGCAGGCUAUACCAUCGGCUUGUUUUCAUCGAGUUUUGUUGAUUUUGGAGAGGGAUUUGUUGUCAAGGAUGCAGAUGGUGAGGCUCCUUCACAUGGUAUUGUAUCCGGAAUUGAAAUUGUUCAAAAAGAUGGAAUCUCUGUUGCCAUCAUCAAUACAAAGGAUGAAACACAACCAGAGCCACACAACUUGUCCAAUGAUGACUAUGUUAAAUUCCACUCUAUUGAAGGAAUGGUCCAAUUGAACAAUACUGAAAAACCUUUCCAAGUCAAGGUAGUAGAUGUUUACAGAUUUGAACUUAUAGGAUUGGAUGUUUCAGAGUUUGGAUCAUACACACAAGGAGGUUACUUUAGACAGGUUAAACAAGAGAAAGUCUUGGAUUUCAAGAGUUUGAAGCAAUCUCUUGUUGAUAUCGAUGCUGGAUUGUUUGAUGAUAUUUCUGCAUUCCUAUUGUACAAUUUUGCCAAGAUGGAUUAUCCUAUCAAAUUGCACUAUUAUUCCCUUGCUCUCAAUAGAUUCAUUUCACAAAAAGGCAGACUUCCUCAAAAUUAUAACACUGAAGAAGCUAAGGAAAUAAUCUCUAUUGCUUCAAAUAUUUUGGAAUCUACUGAAAGAAAGGCUCCAUACUUUGUUGAUGAAAUUUUAUUCUCCCUCUUGUCUUAUACCAUGUCAGGUCCAUUGAAUCCAAUGUGUACCAUGUUGGGUGGUUUGCUUGCACAAGAAGCUCAAAAGGCAUGUACUGGAAAAUUCUCUCCUCUCUUCCAAUGGUGUUACUUGGAAUCUGUUAAUUCAAUUCCAGAUAUUAUUACCAAUGCUAUCAAGGAAAAUGUUAAUGCUGACAUUCGACCAACCCUCUCCAAAUUGAAUAUUGAUGUCGAGCCAAAGAAUAAUAGAUAUGAUGCACAAAAUAUGAUAUUUGGUGCUGAUUUCCAACAACAUUUGACCAAUCAAAAAGUUUUCCUUGUAGGAGCUGGUGCUUUGGGAUGUGAGUAUUUGAAGAAUUUUGCCAUGAUUGGUUUGGGUUCAGGACCAAGAGGUACACUCUCUGUGACUGAUAUGGAUUCUAUUGAAGUAUCCAAUUUGAGUAGACAAUUCUUGUUCAGAGAGGAACAUGUGGGAAAGAUGAAGAGUGAAUGUGCUGCCAAGGCUGCUCAAAAGAUGAAUCCAUCACUCAAUAUUAGAGCUAUGGCUGAUAGAGUUGGAAAGGAAACUGAAAAUGUUUUUGAUUCUUCUUUCUGGGGUGAGCUUGACCUUGUUGUCAAUGCUCUGGAUAAUUUGGAAGCAAGACUCUAUGUUGACUCCAAGUGUGUCUACAAUCAAAAACCAUUAUUGGAAAGUGGUACUCUUGGAGCUAAGGCUAAUAGUGAAGUCAUUUUACCAUUCGUCACCAACAAUUAUGGUAAACAUAAGGAUCCACCUCAAAAGCAAUUCCCUGAAUGUACCAUUCACAGAUAUCCAAACAUGAUUCAACACACUAUUUCUUGGGCUAAAGCUUUCUUCCAAUCUUCAUUCACCAAAUCUGUUGAAGAAGCAAAACUCUUCUUGAAAUCACCGCAAGCAUUCUUUGAAGAGAAGGGAAACAAUAUGGUUACUUUGGACUCUGUAACAAUGUACUUGUGUCAAAGACCUCAAAGUUUUGAAGACUGCUUGAGCUGGAGUGUAAUUAGAUUUGAAGAGCUUUACAAUCACUCAAUCAAAAAUAUUUUACUCACUUACCCAGAAGCUUUCACAACAAGUUCUGGUGCCAGAUUUUGGAGUGGUUCCAAGAAAUGUCCAAAGCCGAUCGAAUUUUCUGUUGAAGACGAAACUCAUUUGAAAUUUGUAUUUUAUGGCGCUUUACUUUAUGCCUCACUCUUUAAUAUUGAAGGUCCAGCCGAUUGCAGAUCUAACCAUGCCAAGUUCUUCGAAGCUAACAAACAAUAUCUUAUUGAUGUGGUUUCUAGAACAGUCAUUCCAAAAUACAUUCCAAAUCCAAUUAGCAGAGACGAUGACGAUGCUAAGGACUCUUCAAAGGAAGGAUCUUCUGAAAAGCCAAAGGAGCUAUCUGAAGAAGAAAUUGAACGUCAACAAAGACAAAUGAAUGAAUAUACCACCAAGCUUAGAAAUGAUCUCACCACUGUAGCAGAGAAAAUUGAUAGCGACCGUGCCUUAUUGGAAACAGCCUUCUUUUUGACUGAUAUCGACUUUGAAAAAGAUGAUGACAUGCAUAUGGAAUUUAUCACCAGUGCUAGUAAUUUAAGAGCCAGAUGUUACAAUAUUCCUGAAAUUGAUGUUUAUGAAACUAAGGGUAUUGCUGGAAGUAUCAUUCCAGCCAUGAUUACCACCACUGCACUCAUUACUGGUCUUGUUGUUCUUGAGCUCUAUAAGGUUUUGGAUUUGAACUUUAAUGAACUCAAAGAAAAACUCAAGACUGAAGGAGAUAAGGAAAAGUUUUUGGAAAGAUUUAGCAAUUCCUAUGUAAAUAUUGGAAUUCCAUUCAUUACUCAAUCCGAACCAGUUCCAUGCAAGAAAGAUGUUGCCAAUGGUUUGUACGAUAUUUGGGAAACUAUCAAUAUUUCAAAGACCAAGGAUAAUGUUGGAACUCUGGGUGAGCUCAUCGAACACAUUCAAUCAACAACCAAGUUGACAGUCACCAGUGUUACUUACGAAGGUGCCAUACUGUACACCUGUUUUAUGGCUGAUGAAACUAAGGAAAAGAGAAUGGCUCGUCCACUCGAUCAACUUUUGAAUGCCAUUUUCAAAUCAGAAAAGAGCAAGACAGUUUUCAACUUGGGAGUUUUGGCUAUGGAUCUCAACAGUACAACCAACUCUGAUAUUGUAACUUUACCAACAGUUGUUUACUCUGCAGAGAAGGGUGGUUUAUCUGAGGAAGAAAAGAAGAAACUAUUAUUAGAAAAGAAAAAGCAAUUGCUUAAACAAAAGCAACAAAAGUAA